AUGGCCCUCACCACGCAAAAUCUGGCCCUAAUCUUCACCAAAGUCCCCUCCCACAUGCCCAUCCCCGGCGAACACAUUCAAGUCCAAGACACCGGCGCCUUCGACAUCGACCAAACCCUACCACCCUCGGGCGGUCUCGUCCUCGAAACCCUCUACGCCAGCCUGGACCCCUACCUGCGCGGCCUCCUCCGCGACGCCUCGGUCAAAUCAUACAUGCCUGCCGUGCCAAUAGGCAGCCCCAUCUCGGCCGCGACGCUGUCCCGCGUCCUCCGGUCCAACAUUGAAGGGUAUGCAGCCGGAGACGUCGUCCGCGUGACCCUCCCGAUCCAGCAAUACAAUCUGUACGUGCGCAACGACGACCCCGCCAUCGAAUGGCAAAAGCCCUUCAAGGUCCCUAACCCGGACGACGAGGCGCUUGAUCUCCGCCACUACCUCGGCGCGCUGGGCAUGCCCGGACUGACGGCUUAUUCGUCGUUUUAUGAGAUCGGCCAGCCCAAGCGCGGGGAAACCAUCGUCGUGUCCUCCGCGGCCGGGGCCGUUGGGCAGCUCGUGGGCCAGCUGGCCAACCAUGAGGGGCUGACGGUGUUGGGGUCGGUGGGGAGCGAUGAUAAACUGGAGUUCAUCACGAAGGAGCUCGGUUUUGACGGCGGGUGGAACUACAAGGCCGAGAAGUCUACACAGGGGGCGAUCGAGCGGUUGGUGAAAGAACAGAAGGCCAAGGGUGGAAAAGCGGACGCGGACGAGACCCCGGGAGUCGACAUUUUCUACGACAAUGUCGGCGGCGAGCAAUUGGACGGAGCGUUUGAGUGUCUCAAUCUAUUUGGAAGAAUAAUCGAGUGCGGCCAAAUAAGCCAAUACAACCUCCCUCCCCAAGAACGAUAUCCCAUCCGCAACACCUUUUUGACGGUAGCCAAGCGCUUAACCAUGCGCGGAUUCCUCGUCGGCGACGCCGAAAUGGGCCCCAAACACAUGGAAGCACACAUGGAGAAUGUGUCGACAUGGCUGAAGGACGGGUCGUUCCGGGCCAAGAUCCAUGAGACCGUGGGCAUGGAGAGGGCGGGGGAAGCGUUUGUGGACAUGCUCAGUGGAAGGAACUUCGGGAAGGCGGUGUUGAAGGUCAAGGUAUAA